GUUAAACUAUUUUUUUCUUAUGUUUCUCAGUUGAGCGUACAUAUCGUUACUUGCACGAAUCAAUUUUUUUAUCAGAAGAGGAAAAUAUAACCAUGCGUGAAUGUAUUUCGAUUCAUGUCGGACAAGCAGGAUGUCAAAUGGGAAAUGCUUGUUGGGAAUUGUAUUGUUUAGAACAUGGUAUUCAACCUGAUGGUCAAAUGCCAAGUGAUAAAACAAUUGGUGGUGGUGAUGAUUCUUUCAAUACUUUUUUCAGUGAAACUGGAAGUGGUAAACAUGUUCCAAGAGCCAUCUUUGUUGAUUUAGAACCAACUGUAGUUGAUGAAGUUCGCACAGGAACAUAUCGUCAAUUGUUCCAUCCAGAACAGCUCAUAACUGGUAAAGAAGAUGCUGCCAAUAAUUAUGCGCGUGGCCAUUACACUGUGGGAAAGGAACUGAUUGAUCAAUGCAUAGAUCGGCUUCGUAAAGUGUCUGAAGGUUGCACAGGCCUUCAAGGCUUUUUAAUCUUUCACUCUUUUGGUGGUGGUACUGGAUCUGGAUUCACAUCACUUCUUAUGGAACGCCUCUCGGUUGAUUAUGGGAAGAAGUCUAAGCUGGAAUUUGCAAUUUAUCCUGCCCCCCAAAUAUCAACAGCUGUUGUUGAGCCAUACAAUUCUGUUUUGACAACACACACAACAUUGGAGCAUUCCGAUUGUGCUUUCAUGGUUGAUAAUGAAGCCAUUUAUGAUAUCUGUCGAAGAAAUCUAAACAUUGAUCGACCAACUUACACUAACUUGAAUCGACUCAUUGGUCAAAUCGUUUCCUCAAUCACUGCUUCUCUUAGAUUUGAUGGAGCUCUUAAUGUGGAUUUAACUGAAUUUCAAACCAAUCUUGUUCCCUACCCUCGUAUCCAUUUCCCCUUGGCAACUUAUGCUCCUGUUAUAUCCGCAGAGAGAGCAUACCACGAGCAACUUAGUGUCGGGGAGAUCGCUGCUUCUUGCUUCGAGCCAAACAACCAAAUGGUAAAAUGUGAUCCUCGACAUGGUAAAUAUAUGGCAUGCUGCAUGCUGUUUCGAGGAGAUGUGGUGCCAAAAGAUGUUAAUGUUGCUAUUUCACAAAUCAAAACAAAGCGAACAAUCCAAUUUGUUGAUUGGUGUCCUACAGGCUUCAAGGUUGGAAUCAACUAUCAACCACCAACUGUCGUUCCUGGUGGAGAUCUUGCCAAGGUGCAACGAGCUGUAUGUAUGUUGAGCAACACCACUGCCAUCGCAGAAGCUUGGGCUCGGUUGGAUCAUAAAUUUGAUCUGAUGUAUGCAAAGCGUGCUUUUGUCCAUUGGUAUGUUGGAGAAGGUAUGGAAGAAGGUGAAUUUUCAGAAGCUCGAGAAGAUUUAGCAGCACUGGAAAAAGAUUACGAAGAAGUUGGAAUUGAUACACAAGAUAGCGAGGAAGAGGAAGAUGAUGAAUAUUAAACUCUUGAACAAACGUAAUUUCGCCUAUUAUUUAAAGAGAUAACGUAUUCUCUCUGUUAUAAAAGUUUUCAAUUUUUUUUAAAACUGUAUUUCCAACCUUUUAAUAAAUAUAUUACUGGC